GUCGCUGUACUAGUACGCCGAGCGCGGUUUAAGGGCGGUGAGAAAACAGUUGGCCGUAUUCUGCCCGGGCUCGGUGGGGUACGGAUGCGAUACUCGGAACUUUGACAGGGCGCACCACUAAACUCCAAACAAAGGUGGGGGGGAAACGACGACAUCGAGGAUCUCCAUUCAGCCGGUUUAUCAGCCUUGUCCAAGUUGUCUAUAAAGCUACUUAUUCCCCUGCCUUCUUUGCUCGAUCGUCGUGUCAAAUGUAGCAAACAUGAAGGGACCAAAGCCCUUGACUAUUGUCAUAAAACUUGGCACGAGCUCGAUUGUUGAUGAGCAUACUCAUGAGCCGCUCCUCUCAACCUUGUCUCUCAUUGUUGAGACCGCUGUGAAGUUACAUGAAGAUGGACACAGAGUCAUCCUCGUCUCCUCGGGCGCCAUCGGCGUUGGCUUGAGGCGCAUGGACGUGAAGAAAAGACCAAAGCAUUUGCCUCGCAUCCAGGCUCUGGCAGCAAUUGGGCAAUGCAGACUUAUGGGGCUAUGGGACAAUCUCUUCGAGCAGCUCCGCACACCCAUCGCUCAAAUCCUUCUGACCCGCAACGAUAUUGCCGAUCGUUCACAAUAUAUCAAUGCAGUCAAUACGAUUAACGAGCUCCUCGAUAUGGGCGUGAUCCCCAUUGUCAAUGAGAACGACACUCUCGCCGUUGCUGAAAUUAAGUUUGGUGACAACGACACCCUGUCGGCCAUCACGGCCGCCAUGGUCCACGCCGACUAUCUCUUUCUCAUGACUGACGUCGACUGCCUCUACACCGCGAACCCGCGUACGAAUCCUGACGCAAAGGCAAUUGAAGUCGUCGACGACAUUGACGCCCUCCGAGCCGAUGUCUCCUCCGCCGGCUCCUCCCUAGGAACAGGCGGCAUGAGCACCAAAAUCGUUGCCGCCCGCCUCGCCUCCUCCGCUGGUGUCACCACCAUCAUCGCCUCCUCGGCACACCCGCAAUACAUCUUCCCCAUUGUAUCCUAUACGCAAUCCCUUGGCCUACCCCGCAACAAAUCCCUCACAGCUCUCACAGCCCUCUCCGCCCUCAAUACCCCGGCGGUCGCUAGCCCUUCCGGCUCCUCCUCGCCCUCGCCCUUCGAUCCAUCCAACCUCCCGCAACGCCCCCCUCACACCCGGUUCUCCCCGUCGCGCCACCCUAUCCGCGACCGCAGUUUCUGGCUCCUCCACGGUCUUGCCCCUCACGGCACGGUCUACAUCGACGCCGGUGCGCACCGCGCGCUAAGCAACAAGGCUGGUCUGCUUCCCGUCGGCAUCGUGGACGUCGCUGGCACGUUCGGUCAGCAGGAGGCAGUCCGCAUAGUGGUCGUGGAGCGGAUCACGCCUGUGACCCCCGCAAGGAGUGUCGCUGAGGAGACCGAGGCAGCUGUCGAUGGCGCGGCUGCUGCGACUACGUCUGCUGGCGAUGGGCUGGCGCACACUUACACGCAGACCCCACCGACUGGGACUCCGCCUACCUCUACCCCGCUCUCGGCGCCAAUCACGGCGCCAAUCACGGCGCUACCCAUCCAUACUCACCGACGCUCAAGCACCCCACCCCCGCCGCUCUGGUGUGGAACGCCACUUGAGGUUGGACGCGCGCUGGUGAACUACAGUAGCACGGAGAUCGCGCGCAUUAAGGGACUACAUAGCGAAGGCAUUGGGGAGGUGCUCGGUUACGCGGACAGUGAGUAUGUAGCACUGAGGGAGAACGUGAGCUUGGCCGUCUUUUAGACGGAGAUCGGCAAGGCAAGAGAAGAUGAUGGGGGGUGGAUUUUUCCUAGAUUUUUCCUAGAUGCGACCAAAAAAUUAGAUUGGGACUUGGGAUGGGGGGAAACUGGAGAGGCAUGGUUUUCUGAUCAACUCAAAAUCAGGGCCUCACGCACAGUGUAGUCCCUGUCGUUGGAGGCCAAGAAUGCUAUUCUUUUCGGGCAUAAUUGGAACGUGAAAUCACACAUAUAGCACCGUGGAUCAUGUACCUGGCAAAUGUCUAAGCCACCUGCGUCACACCGCCUUAAAAUUAAUUGCCUGAUUUAAGUUUCUACCUAAGGUACGUAUCAAGGCUUUAACUUAUGUUUUAAGGGCAAAAGUUUUAUAUACCCGGUAAGUUCAUAAAUAAGUUUUAUAUAACGUACAUGUAUAGCGAAAGCGCCAAACAAGCGAAAGCGCCAAAAUUAUCUACCCUCACGACAAACAUUGCGAUAAAUCUAC